AUGGAACAGAAUCUUUUUCUGCACAAAUUCUAUGCUCAGAUAGGCGACGUGAAUCUUAGAUCUGCACCGAUAAUGGCACACCAAUAUCAGCGCCCGAGUCUCCCCCUCACAACGCACACAAACUACAGCCACAAUAAGCCGGAACAAAUCGACGAACUGGUGGCCGUGGAGCUGCAGCAUCUCAAGACCCACUAUGCUGACGAGGAGCAACGCUAUGUGGACCAAAUGCUGCUCGAGAAUCCCAUUGUGGUAGAGCGGCGUGCGGCAUCCAAAUCCGAAAGUUCAACAACAACAACAACAACAACGGAAAUGUUGAAUGCCACACCAGUGGCGAUGGCAAAUACAAUGACAACCCAUGCCAAUGGACGCGAUGUGCAACGCCAGCGAGCCGAAUCCUGCCGCAAGUCACGCUACAACAAUAAAAUCAAAAAGGCCAAGCUCCGCUUUCGCCACAAGUUCGUCUGCAAUCAGCUGGCCGAGAGCGCCAAUGUGCUCGACUAUAUACGUGGAGUCAUUGCGCAGGCGGAGACUCAACUGCUGGCCCGUGGCUUCAAUCGGGCGGCCCUCGAGCGCAUGCGCCAGAACUUCGGCGUCGAUCGCUGCGUUACUUCUUCUUUAGAUGCCAUUGAAAUUCACAUCUAG